CCGGUAAAGGCCGAUGAGAGAAUAGACUAUAGAAAACUAUCAAGAGAAGGGGUAGCGGAGAAGCAGCGACGGAUAAAUAAAGAGAACAAUCCCUAUUUUAGCGCUUAUAUUCAAUGUUCUUUCCUUUAUUUUCGAUCUAUGUUUUGAGUCUUUUGACCUUACUGGAGGAGGAACGGUGCUUUUCGUUUUCACAAAUGGAGUUAUUGCUUGGAUCGACUCGGUUUCGUGUUUCCUUGCUGGGUUUUCAACUGUGUUGUUCAUAGAUUUUGGGUUCUCUGAAAGAGUGACCUUCUUUGGUCUCUCUGCAUAUUAUCAUUAUUAUUAUUAUUAUUAUUAUUUUUUUCUGCUUUUUGGGUAUCUUGGAUUUCGUCGCUGGGAUAGCUGGAAAGUAAUGAAGUCAUUGAAGAAACUAAAAGGGUUCGCACUUCACAAGAACGAUGCCAAAGAGAAAAGAGAUCAUCAACCUUCAGCCCAGUUGGAUGAGCUCGCUCAGGCUGCACAGGAUAUGCAAGAUAUGAGAAACUGUUAUGAUAGCUUGCUUUCUGCAGCCGCUGCCACAGCAAAUAGUGCUUAUGAGUUCUCAGAGUCACUGCGGGAAAUGGGUACCUGUCUGCUUGAGAGAACUGCAUUGAAUGAUGAUGAAGACAGUGGUAGAGUUUUGUUGAUGCUGGGGAAAGUGCAGUUCGAACUUCAGAAACUUGUUGAUUACUAUCGCUCCCAUAUUUUCCAGACCAUUACAACCCCAUCAGAGUCUCUUCUCAAUGAACUUCGAACGGUGGAGGAGAUGAAGAGACAAUGUGAUGAAAAAAGAGAUGUAUUUGAGUACAUGAUGGCAGCACAAAGAGAAAAGGGAAGGUCAAAAGGUGCAAAAGGUGAAAGCUUUUCUCCCCAACAGUUACGAACAGCUCAAGAAGAAUAUGAUGAGGAGGCAACUUUAUUUGUUUUUCGUUUGGAAUCAUUGAAGCAAGGGCAGACUCGAAGUCUUCUGACACAGGCAGCGCGACACCAUGCUGCUCAGUUUAGAUUCUUCAGGAAGGGACUUGAGUCUCUUGAGGCAGUUGAGCCGCAUGUGAAACUGGUUACCGAACAGCAACAUAUUGAUUACCAAUUCAGUGGUCUUGAAGAUUAUGAUGGGGAGGAUGGUGAAGAUGAUGAUGGUUAUUAUGAUGCCAAUGAUGAUGGAGAAUUGAGUUUCGACUAUGGCCAAACUGACCAUGGGCAAGAAGUUGUUUCAACAUCGAGGAAUUCAAUGGAGCUGGAUCAGGCAGACUUAUCAUUUCCGCAAGUGUCCACAAUGGAAGUUUCACAGGAGAAUCUAGAUAAAAGCCAAAGGGAUCUCCAUGCCUUUAGUAGGAAACCUAGGGCGGGUAGUCAAUCUGCUCCGAUCUUUCCUGAGAAGAAAUCUGAUGCGGGUGAAAGAAUAAGACAAAUGAGACCAUUGUCAACACGGAAGUUUCACACUUAUGUAUUACCCACACCAGUUGAUGCAAAGACUUCAAUGGCUGCCAGAUCAAGUAAUACUAUUCCCCAAAUGAGGCAGACAAGCUUGGGUGGACGUACUCACAAUUUGUGGCAUUCAUCACCCUUGGAACCAAAGAAGCACGAGAAAGACUCCAGAGAUGAUACAUUGUCCGGCCUUCCUGUUGUAAAAGCACAAUCAGUACUUAAGGAGAGCAACAUUAAUAGUGCCUCCAUCAGGUUGCCGCCUCCUCUAUCAGGAGGGCUCUCACCUCCACAGUUUGAUCCACGCACUGCUUCUGAUACUAAGAAAGUCAAAAGACAAGCUUUCUCUGGUCCAAUAACAAGUAGACCUUGGUUAUCCAAGCCUGGUUUCUCUGCUAGUGGUCCCAUCAGCCAAAGUGAGCACCCCCUACUAGUUUCUGGAAUGGUUUCAUGUGUCCCCAUGCCUCAGCCGUCCUCAUCCCCAAUAGUAUCUCCAAGUGCUUCUCCCCCUCCUCUAUCUUCACCCAGAAUAAGUGAACUUCAUGAGCUUCCUAGGCCACCAAUCAGUUCUGCCACUAAUUUCACAAGACCUUCAGGUUUAGUUGGCCACUCUGCCCCCUUGGUUGCCAGAAGUCAGGAGCAUUCAACCACAAAUAAAUCACCUAAUCUGACCUCAAAGUCUGCAUCUCCACUGCCAAGGCCUCCUUUGACUGUUCCUAGGAGUUUCUCCAUACCCUCAAGCAGUCAGAGAACAAUGACACAGCAUGUGACGAGGCUGUCAAAGGCUGAAGAAGUUGCAUCACCUCCUUUGACACCUAUUUCCUUAACAAAUAUCCAACCGGCAUCAACUGCUUCUGACGUAGUCAAUCAAACUGAGCAAAUAAAAGAUGAAGAUUGAUUUAAUACACAAGCCUUGAUCAAUUCCGGUAGAAGACCUUUUCUCUUAGUGUCGCAAAAUGGGGUGAGGUUGUGUAAAUAUCAGUGUAUUAUUUGGUUUCUCUACUGUCCUCUUGCAGGCCAUUGGUAAUGAUUGAAACUUAGCAGAGGUGCAUCGAAUAAAAGCAUCGGACAUCAUCCAUCAAAUAUGGAAUUUUUGUUAUAUAAAAAAAGAAUAUUGAGUGCUAUUUCAAAUAUUUUCCUUUCAUUUUCUUGUUUUGUUCACCAGCAAAUCUGGGAAUUGUUAUUAUUCAAGGGAAAAUUUUAUGUAGCAUAUACUCAUGGCUGCUAAAGCCAACUAUAUUAGCAUUUUCAAGCACCAAUUGCAUAUGAUGGUUCUGAUAUAAACGGAACCAAGAACAGAUUUUUUUUUA